GUAAAGGGCCCUGACAGCCUCUUCCGACAAGGAUGGCACAGCCUGGGUCCGAGGCCCCGUGCCCCAAUCAGUGCGGCCACAGGAGCCCGCCAACAGGAGACACCAGCUGGGAUUCCUAUGCCACCACAGUGAAGACAGCAUUCACUCCUAAGACAGAAGCAGCGCCUGCUCUAAUUCGUCAAAAGAGUAUCAGAAGAUUAGGAUAUACAUAUUCUCUCAGUGAUCCCAUUCCCAAUCAGACACACUACAAUGAUGAAUACGUUUGGAAAUCAUAUUCUAAAGACGAUUUCAUCAAAACUGGGGUUUCAAGAGGAAUGAAGAGCCACAAAUCUCACUCUAACCAAGACUUCUUUCUCUGGACACUCCCUCAAACUCAAACAACAAUAAAGAGCUACUUCCCUUGGAAAAUCACUGCUUCCAUGGAAGACAUUAAGAAGGCGAUAUCCAAUCAGUUUGUUUCCAAUGCUAGAAGGGACUUUGUGGACAGAGAGAAAGCUCAGAAGAUGAAGCUAAGUUCUCAGAUGCCUGUGGAAUGGAGAAAGUUAGUUUCCCAACCGGCAGACACUGAAUUUCGACGGAAUUACCAAAUUCCAGCUAAAAUUCCUGAGCUUCAGGACUUCAGUUUCAAAUAUGGAUGCUACUCAAGCCUGCCAAUUCCUUCUCGGGGUAUAGUGCCAUCCAUGCCGUCCAGCCACAUGAGGAACCAAGAGCACACCAAGAGGCGGACUACAUACCAAAGUGAUUACGGGAAGGCCUACCUGGAUUUCUUAACAAUUUUAAACUCAUUUACUCCCUGCCAAGUUACGGAGUACCUUGGAAGCGUCUCCUACAAAGGUGCCCCUGGACCAGUCUGACACUCAGAAGGAAGCCGAGUCUCCUCGAGGUCUGCUGCUCAGACCAUCCCAGGAGGCACAGCGGCAGCCGUGCAGCAAGCUCAAGCCUGCUUCCUUGCCCAGCCUUGCCUCAUGUGUAUGAAACCACACCUGCAUUUCGUAAGGUGCUCUUUCACCUUUAGAGAUGCAUGUGUUUGACCCUGUAGAAUGACUGUUUCUGCCUCCCGCAGCAGAUGCUCCCCUCUGCCCAGGGACUCACAAUACAGGGGGAGCAGUCCCUUCUCUGCCCACACGGCAACCAUCGUGGCUGCCCAACACCUCUGGGUCUUGUCUGUGGGUCAUCUACCAUCCAAGCCUCCGCAUGGCCCUUGGGUGACCUGAGCCCUCCUCAGAAUGCUCCGGCAGCCUCUGCUCAACUGGGAUCUGCUUUCUCCAAGAUCCCUCAAGCAAGCUGAUCCUUCAUGUGAACACCAGCCACCCAGCUGGGCUUUUCUGCCUGGGCAGGUGAGACAUAUCCAUGACUAACAAGCUUAGCGCCAGUCUAAGCUUGGGCUUCUCAGCUCCCCGGCUUUCCUGGGUUCCUCAGGACAGCACAGGGGCAGGUACCUCAAUGCUCACACCCCCAUCCUUGCCAUUUUGA